CAGACAAUUUAUAAAUUAAUGUUUGCUUAGUUUGCUAGUAUAAUUUUUUCUUAAAAUUGUCAUGCUGAUCAAGAAAGUUGUAGUGAAACACACCAAGGAAAAAAAUGAGUUUGUUAUGGAAGAAGAGUUAACAAAGAUUGAUCUUGGAGAACAUGAAGUGUUAGUUAAAAUUUUGUGUUGCAGUGUUUCAUCUGUUUCCGAUCAGGUGUUAAAAAGGUGGCAUUCUCAUGGUAAUGAAGAGUUUAUAUAUCCAUUUGGUAGAGAGAUAUCAGGAUUAGUUCAAGCAGUUGGUUCCUGUGUAACAUUGUGCAAAUUAGAGUCUAAUGUUGCUGGUGUCAUUCCAUUAGAUUCUACAUACUCUGGUUGUGCAAAUUUUUGUGUGAUGUCAGAAUUUGAUUUAGUUCAAAAACCUGAAAGUGUAAGUCAUUUGGAUGCAUCAUGUAGUAUUGGUGAUGGAGUAAAAGCAUACACAGCACUUUUUUAUCAAGCAAAACUUUUAAGCAAUGAAACAAUUUUAAUUUUUGGUGCUUCGAAGGGCUAUGGAAUUCUUGCUGUUCAACUUGCUAAAAGCCUUCGUGCAAAGGUGAUAGUUAUUGGAGCAAGUGAUGAAGAAAUGGAAUUUUUUAAAAGCAUGCAACCAAAACCAGAUUGUAUCAUUGAUAUGCGUACUAAAAAUUGUGAUUUGAUCAACAUUUGUAUGGAGGAAACUGGAGGCAUAGGAAUAGAUUGCAUUAUUGAUGAUGGAGUUGAAAUGUAUUCUGAUGAAUUCAAAGAAGCUAAAACUGCUUUCAAAUUCUUACCAUCUAAACAUGAACUUAUAACCUGCCUUGCAGCUGGUGGGAGAUGGAUUACUACUCAAAGUGAUCUGCAGGUUGAUCCGCCAGACUCUGAAACACUAUUCUUAAAAUGUGCAUCCAUACAUUUCCUGUUUGAAGAUGUGUGGACUCUUUCAAGAUAUAUGGAUUAUGCCCAGCGGCCCAAGGAAAAUAUCUUCACAUACUAAAUGAUAUUAUGGCAAAAGUUGAGGCUGGCACUCUAAGACCAACUGUCCAUCAUACAGUCUUUCUUGACGAUUGCGUUGAUAACCUUCCUCACAUAUUGGAUUCAACAAUCGGAAAAGUAGUAAUAAAAAUAUAGCAACUAAUAAAAUAUAUAUCAUGUAUAUUAAAAAAAGAAACUUAGAAACUUGA